AUGUCGAAUAUCGGCACUGUCUUCAAUCGUCUUCAACAGAAAGCUGGAGAGACAUUGACAAAGUCGGAGAAAACUGCACCCCAGGCAGAAACUGCUGAGCUUCUCGCUCAAUUAGAUAAAAUGAAGCCAUGGUGUAACCAAGUGAUCGCAGCUGUCGAACAGUUUGUUGACGUAACCGCAGCAACCAAAGUUGUUGAUGUCUUCAAAAAGAAUAGCGAAAAGAAAACACAGGCUGACAAGAUAACUACCGCCUUUCGAACCGUAGGAGAGGAAGCUACUGGUUUUCCAAAAAUGAGCGGCUACCUUACUGCAGCGGCCGCAGCACAUGAGCGCAUGGCGACUGCCAAGAAAACAUUCAACGACAACGUUACUAAGAAUUUCCUCGAUGUCCUGAAGGAGUUUAUAAAUGAGGAUCUCGCAGAAGCUUUGAAACAAAAAGACGAGAUGGAAAAGGCACGAUUGGAUUUGGACUCCGCUAAAACUAAGCUAAAGAAUGCAAAAACCGAAGAAAACAAAGCCAAGUGGGAAGCAGAUGUACAGAAAUACCAGGCUACUUACAACAAGGAGCAGGGUGAGACCACUACGAUGCUACGGAAGACACAUGAUGCUUUUGAAAAUUUGAAAGACACCUUCAAACAAUUCGCCGCGGAGGAGAAGGCCUACUACACUGCCUGCAUGGAGGAAUGCACGAAAUUGUGCGAGCUGCCCUAA